UUGACAUUUUUCGCGCCAAAUAUUAUCACAAUUCACAACAAAUGAACAAGUGUUUUAAAGAAAUACUUCAUUACAAUUGAGCAAUGUAAUUAUGAAACUUUAAUUGUAUAUUAUUUGUAUAUAACUAAAUAUUAAAAAUUUUGGAGGAAGUGUGAUAUAUGAACGUAUCGAAGUUGUUUAGAUUAAGUAGAAUAGCUAAUUGUCUCGUGAACCGGCACCAUAAGAUUUUGCAUACCGUAGUUGUUAAAUCGUGGAAUGUCGACACACGAAGAAUGUCUCAAAAAAGCAUAACCUCGUUUUUUAAAAUAACACCCAAGAAGGAGUCUGAUGGAAAUGUUGACCGUCAGAAGGAGGACAAGUCAAGUGCGGACAAAAGUUUGACAGAAGACACAUCAUCGUCUGCAGCUGCUACAAAGAGAUCAUCAAAGAGAUUGAGAUCAGAGAGUGUUGAAAAUGAGCAGCCGUGUGCGUCCCGGUCUCCCUCCCCCGUCACCUCAACAAAGAAAAAGAAAGUUAAAAGACAGAGAAUUGAGAGCUCGGGAAGUGAAGCGGAUUUAAGUAAAGGUUCAGAUGAGGAAACAAUUCCUGUUAAAUUGGAAAGAAAUGAUUCACCAAAAACUUAUUCCUCACCUAAAACUAAACGCAACAAAUCAAAAUUAACGAAAAGCAAUCAGGAUAAUGUUAAAACUAUUGAGUAUAAUGAGAGCUGCAAUCAAUACGACAGUCCAAAUGAGAAGAGCCCUAAAGAAAACAAAAGUCCAAAAUCAGUUAAAACUCCUAAAAAACAGAGAAGUCCUAAGGAACGAUCAGAAAGUCCAGAAGAGAAACCAAAAAUUAAGACUGAAAAGAAAUCACCUUCGCCAGCAAAGAGCGCAACAAAAGCAAAAGGUCCAAUGGAAAAGUUUAUGGAAAGUAACAACAUGAUGCGGUCUUUUGUGAAGAGAGAGAAGAUUGUCAGCUCACAAGAUGAUGUGGUGGCAGUACACACAAUGGAUGCAAGUACACAUACAUUACUUCCAGAAGUGGAAUACAAUCCGGGCAAGGCCAAGUAUCAUCCCGUGAAGGAUGCUUGCUGGACCGCGGGCCAGCCCGUGCCGUACCUCGCCCUCGCCCGCACGCUGGAGGCCGUGGAGGCCACCUCGGCGCGUCUCAAGAUGGUCGACAUCCUCAGCAACUACUUCCGCUCCGUCAUCGCGCUCACCCCGCAGGACCUGCUGCCCAGCAUCUACCUCUGCCUCAACCAGCUCGGCCCCGCUUAUCUAGGACUGGAGCUAGGCGUCGCGGAGACGUACCUGAUGAAGGCCGUGGGCGGGUGCACCGGGCGGUCGCUGGCGCAGGUUCGUGCGGCUGCUCAGCGGCUGGGCGAGCUGGGCGCGGCGGCGCAGCAGGCCCGUGCGGCGCAGCGCAUGCUGUGCGCGCCCGCCCCGCUGCAGGUGCGCAAGCUGCACGCCGCCCUCAAGGACCUCGCCGCCAUCACGGGACAGGCGUCCGUCAACAAGAAGAUCAGCAAGAUCCAGGCGCUGUUCGUGGCGUGUCGCCACUCCGAGGCCAAGUAUUUGAUAAGGUCGCUGGAGGGCAAGCUGCGCGUGGGCCUGGCGGAGCAGUCGCUGCUGCAGGCGCUGGCGCUGGCGGCCGCGCGCACCCCGCCCGCCGGACCGCACGCCUCCUGCCUCGACCGCGCCGACACCAUGUCGUCCGAUGACUUCAAGGCGGUGGUGGAGGAGCACGCGCUGGUGAUAAAGACGACGUACUGCGAGUGCCCCAACUACGAGCUGGUGGUCCCGGCGCUGCUGCAGCACGGCGCGCUUGAGCUGCCCCGGCACUGUCGCCUCACGCCCGGCAUCCCGCUGAAGCCCAUGCUGGCGCACCCCGCGCGCGGCGUGCACGAGAUAUUCUCACGCUUCGAGAAUGAGAAGUUCACGUGCGAGUGGAAGUACGACGGCGAGCGCGCGCAGAUACACGUGCCCGGGGAGGAGGCGCCGCGCCUCGCCGACGCCCGCAUCUUCAGCCGCAACCAGGAGGACAACACCACGGUGCUGUCGACACGCAAGCGCAAGGACGCGAGCGCGGCGGAGGUGCGCGUGCAGGUGUGCGUGUUCGUGUUCGACCUGCUGCUGCUGAACGCGCGCGCGCUGUGCCGCGAGCCGCUGGCGGAGCGCCGCCGGCUGCUGCGCGAGCACUUCGUCGAGAGCCCCGGCACGUGGGAGUUCGCGCGCGCGCAGGACUGCAGCGGCGCGGAGGAGGUGCAGCACUUUCUGGAGCUGUCGGUGCGAGGCUCCUGCGAGGGGCUCAUGGUGAAGGCGCUGCACGGCGAGCGCGCGCACUACGACAUCGCGCGCCGCUCCCGCAACUGGCUGAAGCUGAAGAAGGACUACCUGGAGGGCGGCGGGGACAGCAUCGACGCGGUGGUGAUCGGCGCGUACCGCGGACGCGGCCGGCGAGCCGGGCGCUUCGGCGGCUUCCUGCUGGCGUGCUACGACCCCGCCGGCGAGCGCUACCAGACCCUCUGCAAGAUCGGCACCGGCUUCUCCGACCGAGACCUCGACGCCUUCACCGAGCAGCUGCAGCGGCACGUGAUCGACGCGCCCAGGAACUACUACAGCUACGAGACGUCGCAGGCGCCGGACGUGUGGGUGGAGGCGACGUGCGUGUGGGAGGUGCGGUGCGCGGACCUGUCCCUGUCGCCCGCACACCGCGCCGCGCUCGGACUCAUCGACCGGGACAAGGGCGUCUCGCUGCGCUUCCCCAGGUUCGUGCGCGUGCGCGAGGACAAGCGCGCGGAGGAGGCGACGAGCGCGGAGCAGAUAGCGCGCAUGUACCUGGCGCAGGACUCGGUGCGCAACAACCACACCGCACACAACAUGGACGACGACGACUUCUACUGACCUCAUCUUUCUUCAAUAAAUCUUGUAAAUUGUU